CUGCCCCAUUCAAUAAAAUGCGAAAUUUGUUUUCUCUCAUUGCAGCAACAAUCGCUGAGCGAUACGAGUGCGGACAGCGGCAAAGGUGCAAAGUUUUUAUUGCGGAAACGCAAAUCGAAGAAGACAACGGAAAGUCCGAGCGUGGCGCUGGCAGCGGCAGCGGCUGCGAAUGGCGAGCACAAAGCUAAACGUGGCACACAGCCGUCAGUCAAAUGCGUGCUGGUCGGCGAUGGGGCUGUUGGCAAAACCAAUUUGAUCUUGUCAUAUCUGGAGAAUCGUUUCAAUCCGGAGCAUGUGCCGACGGCAUCAGAUAUUUAUAACGUUGAAGUCAAUGUGAACGAGAGUCCAGUGCACUUGACACUCUGUGAUACCGCCGGCCAGGACACGCUGGAUCCGUUGCGCGAGCUGAGCUAUCCCGACAGCGAUGUCUUUUUGCUCUGCUUCUCGGUGGUCAAGCCCGAAACGUUUGGGGCCAUCAAAUCGAAAUGGGCUCCCAAAUUUGCCAAAACAAAGGCGGCGCUCAUUUUGGUUGGCACCCAGGCCGAUCUGAGGAGCGAUUUGAAUGUGUUGAAUAAAUCGCAGACAAAUGGCGAGAAACCAAUUUCAUAUGCAGACGCCUGGGAUUUGGCAACAACAAUUGGUGCCAAAUACAUCGAGACAUCCUCAGCCACACAGGAUAAAGUCAAAGACGUGUUUGAUACAGCCAUCUGGGAGGGCUUGGUGCCCACAACAUUGCCGCCCACGCCGCCUUUCUGGAAGAAGCUCUUUUGCCUAGCCUAAUGGGAGAGAGUGA